UAGCUCCUUUCCCGAGCAUGAGGAUUGGGUUGUGUGCGCGCAAAAUUAUGCGCAAUGCAGGAUGCAAACAGAAAUUCGGGAUUUAAGGCAUCUGUGGUACUCGAGAUAUUGUAUUAUACCCGUCGUGAUCUAGGUUUCGACAUUGCCAUCUAUUUAUGUAUGCUGUAAAGUGAGGUUUAAGGCGCUUUAAAAUGUCUGCAAAUAACACCAAACCGUCGACGACAGAGCGGAUCGUCAAAAGUGUUCCAUUUCCCCCUAGUCAUAAACUGACAAUAAACGAAGUGUUUGAUCCAAAGACAAAUAAACCUCGAAUAGAAGUGCUUAAACAACACUUUGUAUUGGAAGGUAGGAUAGAAGAAGCCGCUGCCUUGCGUCUCAUCAAUGAAGGAGCUGCUUUAUUAAGGCAGGAAAAGACUAUGAUUGACAUAGAGGCUCCAGUAACAGUAUGUGGAGAUAUACAUGGACAGUACUACGACCUAAUGAAGUUAUUUGAAGUAGGCGGGCCACCAGCAACAACUAAAUACCUCUUUCUUGGAGAUUAUGUAGACAGAGGUUAUUUUAGCAUAGAGUGUGUUCUUUACCUGUGGGCAUUAAAAAUCUGCUAUCCAAACACAUUAUUUUUAUUACGAGGAAACCACGAGUGUAGACACUUAACAGAAUACUUUACCUUCAAAACAGAAUGUAAAAUCAAGUAUUCGGAGAGAGUCUACGAUGCUAGCAUGGCGGCAUUUGAUUGCUUACCUUUAGCGGCUCUUAUGAACCAACAGUUCCUUUGUGUUCACGGUGGCCUGUCACCAGAAAUUCACACCCUAGAAGACAUUAAAAAGCUGGACAGGUUCAAGGAGCCUCCAGCCUUUGGUCCCAUGUGUGAUCUCUUGUGGUCUGAUCCACUGGAAGACUUCGGAAACGAGAAAAAUGCAGAACACUUCAGUCACAACAGUGUCAGAGGUUGCUCAUAUUUUUAUAGGUGA